AGUGGCAGCGCUGGCAUAGCAUCGUUCAGAAUAUCCUGAGCCGGGGACGAUCGAGCUGCGGUAGCUGCCUGUGCGCACCCCAUAUAGCCGGUGAACCUAAACCCACAACAGUGGAUAUAUCAGACAGGGGGGGUCUGCUCUCAUCUUGGGCACAGCGUGAGAAGAUUCAAUUGUUUGCGGGGAAAUUAAUAAAGCUCCUUUCCUUUCCUGUCCUGUCCUGUCCUGUCCAGUCCACAUCGGCCCCUAGGAGUGGGAAGACACGGGACCUCUGCGCUGUGAAGAGUCGCUUCUGUGCCGUGCGCGGAGAGCAGUACGCACCAGAAAGGGCAGCAGGGAUAUACAGUAGGAAGGUGGAGGAUAUUUUACGCACAGCAGCACUCAGUAGCCCUGUUUCACACGCGGCCACUUACCGGGAGUCUCCUGCUCCGUUUAGGUCUCAAGACAGUCGCUUCGUCGGAUUUGCACUUGACUAAGUCCACAUAGCCCGCAGCAGUCGGCUGGGAUGGAUUCCUUCAUCAUCGCGGCUCUGGCAGUGUGCUCUCUAACGGCACCAGCCUAUGGCGACAAAGGGACCAGCAAAGCCCGGAGUUGUUCGGAUAUCAGGCAGUUUUAUAGCGGGAAAGGAUUCGCUCUGGAUGGUGUCCCUCAGUCCGAAAUAUCAGGGGAGCACCUGCGCAUCUGUCCCCAGGGUUACACCUGCUGCACCAGUGACAUGGAGGAUAACUUGGCCUCGCUAAGCCACAGGGAGAUAGAGGGACUCCUCAAAGAUGUUGGCCGAUCCUUACAGACCUCACUCACUGGACAGUACAAGGCCUUCGAUGGUUCCUUCCUGGAGUUGCUGAACCGCUCGACGAUUAGUCUACAGGAGACUUUCCCUCCAACUUGGGGCUCCGUAUACUCCCAGAACUCCCAGUUCUUCUCUGACCUGUAUACGGAUUUGAGGCACUAUUACCGAGGCUCCAAUGUCAACCUGGAAGAGGUGCUCAACGAAUUCUGGGCCAGGCUGCUGGAGAAGCUCUUCUACCAGGCAAACAAGCAAUAUGUCAUAGGUGAGGAGUACCUGGAGUGUGUGUCCAAGCAGAUAGAGACACUGCGGCCCUUUGGAGACACACCCCGUGUGAUGAAGAUGAUGGUCACACGCACAUUUGUGGCAGCACGCUCUUUUGUUCAGGGACUGGUGGUCAGUGGGGAGGUGGUGCGCAAAGUGUCCCAGGUGCAGAUGAGCACUGAGUGCACGCGGGCCAUGAUGAGGAUGACUUACUGUCCCCACUGCCGCGGCAUGGCCUCUGCCAGACCGUGUGCCAACUACUGCAGCAACGUCAUGAAGGGCUGUCUGGCCAACCAGGCUGACCUCAACACCGAGUGGAGACAUCUGGCAGAAACAAUGAUGCAGGUGGCCGGUCGCUUCAAUGGUCCAUCUGGUGUGGAGAGCGUGGUCCUUACCCUCCCCAAUCGCAUAUCAGAAGGCAUGUCUACCAUGAUGGAGAAUAUAGAGACCAUCAACAGCAAGUUGUUCCAGGCGUGUGGCAACAUCAGAGAGGGAGGAACCAGCAGCACGGGACCCGACGACACCAUGAAGAGAGUGAAGGUUACAGUGGAGGACAAGUUGGGAACCAGCUCUAACAAAAUGGACAAACUGGUGUCUGAUGUAACCGCGAGACUGAGGGACAUGCAGCCGUACUGGGUUUCUCUCCCAAACAUUCUCUGCAGUGACAGAGUGGCCACUGGAACAGGGGCCGAGGAUAAGUGCUGGAACGGCAUGAACCGUGCCAGGUACCUUCCCGAGGUGAUCGGUGAUGGCCUCGCCAGCCAGAUCAACAACCCUGAGGUGGAAACCGACAUCACCAAACCAGACAUGACAAUACGCCAACAGAUAAUGCAGCUGAAGAUCAUGACGCACCGUUUGAAGAAUGCUCUCAACGGCCAGGAUGUGGACUUUCAGGACACCAGUGAUGAUGUCAGCGGUUCAGGAAGCGGCAUGUGCGCCGACGAUAUGUGUUCCCGUGGCCCACGCCUUGUCCCCAUCACCGACCGACCCAAAUUCUUUCAACCCCCUCCAGUUAACGAAGGGGUGAAAGGAAACCACGCCAAGCAGAACCUCCCCUGCAUUACCAUUUACCUGCUUCCACUACUUAUUUUGCUGCUCCGGCGAUAAUUGACGGGGAAUCUACCAACUGGGACUGAGUUUGGGACACGGAGGUUGGGGAGAGUCUGAAAGGGGAGGGAGGAGAAGUUGGGGGUUAGUUACUUUGCCAAAACUAAAUACUAAGUGUAAGGAAAAAAACAACAAAAAUCACUUGGACGGACUUCCUUUUGGUUUUGGAUUAGAAGAAAAUGGAAUUAUGAGUAUUCAUAAAUGUUUUGGUUCUGCUCUUUUCUUUUAUUUCUUGCUAUAUUAUGACACCAUUAGAGCUGGUCUUUGCACAUCGUCUAAUGUUUUGUUUCUGGUUUUUGGGUUCUCUGAGAUUAUAUCUACCUAAGACAUGUGUAAGACUAUAUUGCUCACAGUAUGUUGGUGUUGACACCACAGGGAGAGGGAGAAUGGGGCUUUGCAGUGGCGCUUAGAUACAUAUAUUUGUUAUUCCACUCCUUUUUUUUUAAAACGGCACUUGUGUUCAGUAGAAUUAUUUAUUGAUCAAUAACCCAUUACAGAGCCCAGAGUGGUUUAAUCACUCCCCAAUAUUUAUAGAAAAUAUAGAUGAACCACAAACUUAAAUGAAAUACAAUAUUGAUGACUUUUUAAAGGAGGAUAAUCUGGACAGCACGACCCAGCAGACCUCUUAAUGCAUUAAGCCUCACAAUAUGAUUACACUCUCAACACACACUCUCUCACAGCAAGGAUGCGAGCACUCGGCGUCAGCACUUUUUAGCCAUUUCAUCAUGUAAGCUGUAAUAAUAGCCGUGAUCACAUUCACACUGACAUGAUCGUCUAAUGUGGGAGUAACGUGACCCGUCAGCCACUCUAUCCAUCCGCUCAUCCCUACAUUCCCUCUGCUGGGGCAGAUCUCCCUCUCUCUCUCUCUCUCUCUUUCUCUCUCUCUCUCUCUCUCUCCCUCUCUCCAGACUCUGCCGGCUGUGUGGGAUCAACUCGAGAGUCUGGUGUAACCAUAACACAUGCUGGGCCGGGCCAGGUCUCAGAUGACAGCAUCUUCCCACUAUAGAGCGCUGUAUGUGGAAUGGGGGUGUCAGUUUAAGAUUGCCAUCACGGCAAAGGAUUGACAGUUCACGAUGUUGGAAACGUGUAGCAGAACAGAAAUGUACACGGAAGCAAAAACACUGCUGUCAUGUAGCGCUUUUUUUUUUUUCUUUUCAGUAUUCUUUUUAUGUGCACAGCAGAGCAACAAUAUAAUAUGCAUAAUUUUGUGUGUUCCCUGCAAAGGCCCAGUGCUCCUGUGAUUAGCAUCGAAAUUGCAGCUUGCGUUUUUGUCUCAUUGCAGCAAUGAUCCAUAUCACAGUAACAGCCACACCAUGCACGUCUUUGUAUCGUACUUACCUAUUUGUAUGGCAGACACAACAGUGUACAUGCUUUUGGUUGUUUUCCAGAAGAAAAAAAAAAAAAUCACCAGUUAGCUAUCCAAAUUUUAUAACGGCCGGCAUCUUAUGCUAUAACUCUUAUUUCAUUCAUCAUCUGUCAUCGCGUAUCCAUAUCUGCCUUCCCUUUCUCUGCAAACUUUUCUAUAUCAGUGCCUCUUUAUUCCCACCCCCUACUCCCGCUACCCUCCUCCCCGCUCAUCAGUUAUAACGACCUUUAAAGCGUCCCUCAUGCUUCUUCAGUUGUUAUGGUGGCAAGGCAAUAUGACAAUGACACUGUUUCAUUAUGUGUCAACCUUAUUGGGAAUGUUGCGGGAACACAGUUUUAAGGCUUUUCCUGAUGAGAAUGCUUGUUGGGGAGAAAACAUACCACACGUGUGGACAGGAUGAUGGGACGAUGCUUGCAUGUGUGUAUAUUUGUGUGUGAAUGUGUGGACUUGUCUUUGAUUGAUAGAGCAAAAGAGGGACAGAUGAUAGAGCCUUUAUAAACCUUGUUUGGAGGGCACGGAAAUGAAAUGUAUUAAAAUGUAUCGGACUAACAUUGUCUGACUUAGUGCGAUACAACUGACAGCAACGGGAGAUGAAUAUAGCUCAUUUUUCCCCCACCAAAAAUUGGAUUUUCAACCAAUCCUAAUCCGUAUUGAUGGUAUCUCUGCUUGUCAGUAUUGUAUGUGACAGAUACAUUUAAUUUGGAGGACGGGAAUUGACACAUAGUUUUAAAAUACAUCACUGCUUUAGUUGCACGUUGGGACAAUCCACCAUGAUUCAUUUAAUGAGAAAAAAAAACUAUAUGCAUCUGACAGUUGAUAAUACUGCAGCUCCGAUUAAGUUGUUGGAGGCUCUGUCAAAUUUUGAGAACCACAUCUGUUAGAUACUUGGUUAAUUACUGCUCUGAAAAUAGGUGAGGCUGUUGUCAAGUGUUACCUGACAUGUUACUUUGAUGAUAUUUUCUUUUUUUUCCUCUCGACUUGCUUAAUUAAUGUUUGCUGUGCGUAUGUGUGUCUAUGUGCGGCGUGUGUCUGUCUUUCUGUUAGUCCCUGGUUAAAGAAAUCUGCCUGUGACUGCCUUUGCCAUUUUGUCUAGGGUUGGGGUCCAUUUUUAGAUUCAAAAACAGAGAUAUAAUGAUAUUAGAUAGGGGAAAAAUACACAUAUUGAACAAAGAACAAUUAGUAAGAGCACUACAUUAGUCUUCUUUUUGUGACCCUCUAGACAAAUCUGAAUUUGAAUGUGAAAGUCCACAUUAAGCCCUGUAAAGAAUGAGAAAUGACUCCAACUGUGAUGGUGACAUUCCAAUUCAAAGACAACUUGCGACUCACAACUUCAGUUUCAAUGACUGCCUCACAAUGUCAUCGGCUGAAAUUUGCACAACCCCCCAACCCUCCCCUCCUUCUCUCCUCCUCCACCUUUUGAUCUCAUUAAUUUGUUGCUCAAAGUCCCCCUCCCUUUUAUAAAACCUGCACUUUUAUGAGGCCAAUGAAUGGCAUUGUCUGCACAUAGACAUCACAAGAUGGUCGAUCAAUAUGUGAGUCAACACCUUCCAAAAACGACUAUUGAUUGGGGAUGUGCGUAUGCAGAUAGAUAUGGCCCAGCAAGACGUCUCCUGUUCAACUAUGGUGAAACAGUGUAAAAACAAAGAGGCAGGAAGAAAGGUUGUGGAGUGCUGAUCUUAAAUCAGUGUGUGCACCUUAAUCCUGCACUCAUUCAUUAGGUGGAAACAUGCAAAGCCGGUUAUCCCACCAUUUAAAGACGGCUUUAUUCUACACCGUUUGUUGAAUACGAGGAAUUUCUUAAAGGUGCCAAUUUAUGAGGAACAAAGUACUUUUAAUUCUCGUUUUUAUGUACUUUGGUUUUGUUGUUAUCAGAAAUCUAUGGAGAGUUUGUGCUUAUGUCGAAGAUAGAUGCCAGAAAGAGGUUGAAAAUUACAAAUGUCUCAUUUGCUGUUGUACCUGAAAUCUUGUGUCAAUUAUAUACAUUGUAAGAUUUUCAACA